UUCGCCAUGAUAAAAUCAAGGACGAUGUGGCAAGGUUCGUAUACACGUAUCAGUCCUGUACGCGUCCAACCUCCCCGUCUCUGCCCUUCUUCUUUCAGUCUACCAAUCCUCACACGUGUGACACCCACACCAGGUGACCAGGUGACUAGUGCCUUCAGACCAAGGAGCUCUCUCACUUUGCUGUGUGAUGAGCGAAAAGAAAAGUUACCGUUCUGCGUGAGGGAUCGACUGAAGAUUCAAAUCAAGUCCACAGCGAGCUCACUUGCAACCCGCAGCGCCAACUGCCGCAAAGACACCGACAACGCUUCAGCAACAAUCGCAAGCUACGCCCCAACCACUACGAUGGCUGCCUCGGACAGCAACGCCCGCCUCGUCGCUCUGGUCGACGCCGGCGACGCAGAAGGACUACGGGCCGCCCUCGCCGCCCUCUCCGCUGAUGCCCGCACCAUGUUCUUCAUUG